AUGGCCCUCUCCUCCCCCCGGACCCCGAGCCUGGAGACCCUGGACGGCUGGCACCCCGACCCCGACGGGGACCCUGCCGGCCACCCGCCGAGCGAGACCCAGGCUGAGGACUGCCUCUCAUUUCUGCCUGUGCGUGUCCUGCAUCCUGUGUCCCUGCAUGGCUUCCGUGGCCGGGCAGCCACCCCAGUCCUAGACCUAGAGGCUGAGCCCAGUGUGGACGUGAUCCUGGUGGGCUCCGGCCCGCCGUCACCCGGGCGGGGCAGAGAUCUCAUUGCGUAUGAAGUCCAGGUGAACCAGAGAAACAUAGAAGACAUCUGCCUCUGCUGCGGAAGCUUCCGGGUUCACACGCAGCACCCUCUGUUUGAGGGGGGAAUGUGCGCUCCGUGUAAGGACAAGUUCCUGGACACCCUCUUCCUGUACGACGACGAUGGGUACCAGUCCUACUGCUCCAUCUGCUGCGCGGGAGAGACGCUGCUCAUCUGCGAAAACCCUGAUUGCACCCGAUGCUACUGUUUCGAGUGUGUCGAUAGCCUGGUCAGCCCGGGGACCUCGGAGAAGGUUCACGCCAUGAGCAACUGGGUGUGCUUCCUGUGCCUGCCCUUCUCCCGCAGCGGGCUGCUGCAGCGGAGAAGGAGGUGGCGGGCCGGGCUGAAGGCCUUCUGCGACCGCGAGUCGGAGAGUUCCCUGGAGACGUACAAAACCGUGCCUGUGUGGAAGAGAGAGCCGGUGCGCGUGCUGUCCCUCUUCGGGAACAUUAAAAGAGAGCUAACGAGUCUGGGGUUUCUGGAGGCCGGCUCUGGCCCCGGAAGGCUGAAGCACUUGGACGACGUCACGGACGUGGUGAGGAGGGAUGUGGAAGACUGGGGCCCGUUUGAUCUCGUGUACGGCGCGACGCCUCCCCUGGGCCACACCUGCUACCGUCCCCCCGGCUGGUACCUGUUCCAGUUCUGCCGGCUCCUGCAGUACGCGAGGCCCCCGCCGGGCAGCCCGAAGCCCUUCUUCUGGAUGUUCGUGGACAAUCUGGUGCUGAGCCAGGAAGACGUGGACGCGGCGGCUCGAUUCCUGGAGACGGAGCCGGUGACCAUCCAGGACGUCUGUGGCAGAGCCCUGCAGGACGCCGUGCGAGUGUGGAGCAACGUCCCGGCCGUGAGGAGCAGCAAGCACUCGGCCCCCGUCUCCGAAGAGGAACUGUCCCUGCUGGCUCAGGACAGGCAGAGGGCAAGGCUGCCCCCCGGGACGCCCGCCAGGCUGGUGAAGAACUGCUUUCUCCCCCUAAGAGAAUAUUUCAAGUAUUUUUCAGCAGAGCUCACUUCCUCUUUGUAA